AUGGCAACCAACGAUAAGAAGACCCCUACAGUUACAACACUCGAGAAACGGAAUUCAAAAGACUCGCUCGCACCGCCAACAAAGUCACCUCGCGCAGCACGCUUCGCUGAAGCCACUUCGGUGUACUCACCCAUCGACCCUCCACAACGACCAGUCGAUUAUCCUACGAACCACUAUCAGCCCCAAGCUCAGGUGUCUGACGUAGGCUUCGGCUACGUCCAACCCAUCGAGAUGGAGGAAACCGACAGGAAGUACCUUCCUCCGCCUACGCCAAAGACUCCACUACGGAGCGCACUGAGGUCGCCUGGCGCACCACCACGGACACCGGGCGCAGAGACGAUGAUCCUUAGCCCGACUUUCAGGGAAGAGCAAAUCCUCGAGAAGCGGGAAGCAUCGACAGACAAAGAGCAACAGAAAGACCUGAAAGUCAAAGUACGAGUACGGAUAGCAAAGAUAUUCUUACGAGGAAUCAACUUCGCAUGCAGUCUCAUUGUUCUAUCUAUGCUCGCCACAGCCUUCUCUAUCUUCAACGCAACAAAGCAACUACCCAUGCGGAACGGUCUGCCUCCGUGGGCUGAGAACCAGAAAAUCUGGCCCCAGGUCCUGCUACUGUGCAUCGCUUGUGUCUCGCUUUUCUUCUCAAUCUUUGUCCUUGUUGCGUACUCAAGAGGUGGGCAUCACAGAGCAGAGAAAGUCGCCGCAUAUUACACCGUGUUUGCCGUUGGUUUCUUCAUCUUCAGCAUCAUCAUGUGGGCUGUCGGUGCCGCGGUUUUCAACCAGAGUAAAUCUUCAGGAAACGGCAAGGAUAUGUGGGGUUGGUCAUGCGUAGACAACAAGCGGAAACACUUGUUCGAGGACGAUGUGUCUUACGCUCUCAUGUGCCGACUUCAGAAUUGGUCCCUCGUCUGCUGCAUUAUCGAAGUUGUCGUUGAGACGCUCUGCAUCAUCAUCUACGCCAUCGUCUUCUACCGCUUCUGGUCCAAGCGCAAGCUCCGAAAGUCCAUGGCGACACGCGACAAGGCUCGUUCCGAUCUCUACCUCGCUCAGCUCCGCUCUCAGUCUGCGCCCAACACUCCUGGCUUUGGACCCCUCUCCCCACGCUCGGGCGGCUGGCGACCACCUCCGGGUCACCCUCAGUACUACGACCCACAGUCUGCCGCCGAGAACGGCGAUGCCGACAAGGUGCAAUACGCUGUCGCACGUGAAAUCGCCCAACCGCAGCCCUUCUCCUUGAAAGCACCGCCAAUCAAGGUCACAGGUGCCACGCCCAAGGUUGAGCAGAACGGCUUCGAGGCACCUAUCAGAGCUCAGACCUCGUCUCCACCACUGUCCCCCGGCUUUCAGGAGAGGCAAAACGAGCACGUCGGCGCCGCACCGGGCGAGCAGCAAUACGCUUCCGUCCCCAUCCCAGGCUCCUACCAACCGCUCACAAGUCCUACGCCGACAGCGCCAGGCUUCGACUUUGGACCCUCAGUGACCGGUCCGAAAUAA